AAAAACGCUAUCAAAGAAUAGUAAAAGACAGAUGGAAAAUUGAGGAUUCCCUUUAAAACGAAAGAGGUCAAACUAGUCUCUCGCAAUCUCUCUCGCUUUACCGUGUAUUCCUUGCUGGUUAAGCCAAGCUCAGUAGUCGAUUACCAGUUCAGAUUAUCUUCACUCCUCUCCAAUUCGAUUCUUCCACGCCAACAAUGGCCUCCCAAUCACCGCCCACCACCGCCUUUUUCACGCGUGCUACUCUGUCGACCUUCACGCGCCGCCCCUGGCGAGUGUUCCUUUCCCUCACGUCCUUUGCCCGCCCCAUUUCCUUCGGUGACGCCUCCGCCCGUAUGAAGCGUAACCUCAACUACUUCCGGGUGAACUACGCCAUGAUAAUCCUGGUGAUCCUCUUCCUCAGCCUCCUAUGGCACCCGAUCUCAAUGAUCGUUUUCUUGGUCGUCUUCGUAGCCUGGUUCUUCCUCUACUUCUUCCGUGACGAUCCCUUGUUCAUUCUCAACCGUUCGAUCGACGACCGCAUCGUGCUGGCGAUCCUCGCCGUAAUUACGAUUGUAGCCCUAGUUUUGACCGACGUUUGGCUGAACGUGUUGGUUUCCGUUCUAAUUGGGGCUUUUAUCGUGGGAGUUCACGCUGCGUUUAGGGGAACAGAGGAUUUGUACUCGGACGGACUUGACGGUUCCGAUGGUGGGCUGUUUUCGGUUGUCGGCAGCCCCACCCGUGGUGGGUACUCCAGCGUUUAAAUCCAAUUUGUUAAUUACGCUGAUACAUUCUUUGCUUCUAGUGGUUUUUUUUUUUUUUUGGUGUAAUUUUUUAUGUAAUGCUUUCAACCCAAAACUAAAGAUAGGUACCCAAAAUUCAAUUAGAGAUAUUACUUCUUAUUAAA